GAAAGUUGUAUUCCGGAUAAUGCAGUGCCUAUGGCUUAUUCAUUCAUUGCAAAUAUGAGGUUAGGCACAUCUGAGCUGAACCCACCCGCAUUCUUUUCAUGCCGGCGGCAUUUCCCCGGAAUACCAACACUCCAACUUCACCCACCCGCAAGACCAACGUCGCCGCGCCGGUGCCGCGAUUGGGUAGCCUAUGCAAGCCGUCAAAAACCGCCGAUUCCAAUUUCUAGUAACAUCGACGAGAGGGCCUUAUGUUUUGAUAUCUUGUGGAGAUGGCUUUCUAGACUUAUCUCCUUUUACUUGCUAUCUCUCAAUCUCGCUGCUGCAGCCUCUGAUUACCCAGCUCCCUCUACUUAUCCCUGUGAGGACAUUAGCCAUUACUAUUCUUCUGUGAAGCAUUUUAGAUUCAGAGGUGAAGCACUCAAAAGACAAUUGAAUAGCAUCGUUGCCCCACAUCAUUCCUUGUCCUACAGAGAGGUGUGGGAUGCCCUCAAGGUUCUUGAUGCUGCUGAUAUUGAUAAUCCAGAAGCUUCAUCUGAAAUAGUUGAAAUAUACUCCUUGAGAGUUGUCCCAAAACGGUUGGCAGGAAAACCGCAGGGAUGGAAUAGGGAACAUCUAUGGCCUCGUUCUUAUGGGCUGACUAAAGGUCCAUCUUUGACUGAUUUACACAAUAUUCGCCCUGCUGAUGUAAAUGUCAAUUCAUCAAGGGGGAACAAGUACUAUGGUGAAUGCAUUACUAGCUCAAGCAAAUGUUUGAGGCCCGCUAACAAGGAAGCUGCUUUGGACACUGAAACAGACAAGGAGAGGUGGGCACCACCUAUGCAGGUUAGAGGGGAUGUAGCAAGGGCAUUAAUGUACAUGGCAGUCUGUUAUGGGUUCCAACAACCAAGGGGAAUUCCAGGCCUUCGCCUCUCAGAUGCCCCAAAUGUUGAUAUAAGGUAAAAAUGAUAUUUACAUCUUACCUGCAGAAAAGAGGGAGAUGGGACUCCUUUCCACUUUAUUAAAAUGGAAUGAAGUUGAUCCACCUUCAAGGGAUGAAAAACUGAGAAAUGAAAGGAUAUGCAAAUUUUAUCAGCACAAUCGGAAUCCAUUUGUCGACCAUCCGGAGUAUGCCAACCUUAUAUGGAAGCAACCUGUUUUUCAUAACAAUAGCCACACUAAUAAUGCCUCACACAAAGAAAAGGAGUUAGGAAUGUCUUAACAGAUAUAUAACCUGUUUGGAUACAAGCUAGAAGAGCUUUUCAAAGCUUUUCUGUUGAAAAUAUAGAACUUUUUCUAUCAAAGAAGCUCUCAAAAACUCUCCUCUCAUGGCUUUGUACCCAUGUAGGCACAUAGUAUCUUAGUCCAGCAUUGCCUUAUGCUAAAUUUAUGUUUGACAUCUCGUAUAACUCAUCUAUUCUUAUUUUACUCAAAUAAUAACAGAGUUAAAAAAAUUAUUUAUCAACAUUUUAA